AUGGGUUCCAACUUUGCCAACCCUGACUCCCUCACAGAGCUCUCCGCCCUGGUGGAGCGAACGCUGUUGGAUACUGGCCGACUGUUCAGAAAGAAUGGCUCCAUGCCCGUGAGCACUCAUUUGCAGCGCUCCAUCCCCUCGUAUUUCGACAGCUUUCAGGAUGCGCUAGACAAUCUUUCAGAACAAAUUUUCAUUGCCAAAGCCUUUCUGGAAAAGGAUUACGACGCUAUUAAGGCACGUGAGGUGGCCGCGGAGCCCGAAGACGUCGUCAUGAGCGACGCGGAUGAGAAAGGCGCGGACUCGCAACCAUCGUCUGCCGAGCAGCCCGUUCAGAUCGAACAACCCGUCAAGGUUGAACCUAAAGCGGAAGAGGACGCCUUAGCUGAAGUAGCUCAGCCUACAGAAGUCGUGCCUGAGGCUCAACCGGGCAAAGAGGUGCCCGUCAAACAGGAGAAGAAUUCAGGGAAUGAUGCUUCUGCCGACCAAGGAUUUCCAGGAGCGCAUGAAGGAAUCAACUUUAACUCCGUGCUCGGCGGUGAUGGCGCCAAUUCCUUCGAUCUCAAUCUCGACUUUGGCAAUGAUGACAUGGGCGACCAAGCCUUUCUCUCGGGAACCUUUGGCAACGCGAAUGAAACGAACGCCGACAAGGUGGCCACCUCAGUGCCGGAAGAGGACUCAAUUAACGCUCCUGCUGGCGGGGACGCUUUCGAUCUCGAGCUGCAGAACACUGGGAUGGGCUCCAAUCCAUUUCCCGAUCAAGGCACUGGUGACGAUAUUAUGGGACCGGGGGAGUCCAGCUUCGAUGACCUGUUUAUGGAGACGGAGAAUCUCGGCGAGGACGGUACGGGCGACCUCAAUCAGUUGGAGGGGGGCAGUUUGAUGAAUCUCAACGAGCUGGAUGACAACUGGUUUAGUUGA